UGCGUCUUCCAUAAUUUUUUUCUCAAAAAACUAAAAAAGACGGAGAAGAAGAAGAAAAAGGAAGCGCAGAAAUAAUUAUAAUAGUUCGAAGAAUCUUACUUACUCUCACUUUAGCUUUGAGGAUGAAGACAAUAAAUUAGACAACGGAGAUAUACCACAAGAAAUUGUUAGAGAGAAGCCGCUAGCACGUACUUAUUUGUUUUCUUUUUCUCUUCUUUUCUGUUACGUGCGUUUCUUUCUUCUGUCUCUCUGGCAUUGUGCUCUUAAACGCUGCCGUCUUCUCGCUUCAAAGGUAACACCAAGUUGUUUGGAUCUUUCCAAACUUAAUUAUGUUUGUACGAAGUCGUUAGUUGUUUGUUUGCUGAGUAAUUAACUGGUGGCGGAGGAAAGUAUUGAGCAAGGAAAAACAUCGAGAUAAUGUGUUUGAUUAAGAAAAGGAAACUUCCUUUUGGUUUGGUUUCUGAUGAGCUGGAAUAGAAUUCCUCUUAGUUACGUUGCUGGGAGGAUAAGUUAUUGUUUCUUUCAAGUGAAGUGAACAGGAUAUGGCGACAAUAAGUGAUAUAGGAGUAGCAGCAGCUAUUAAUAUACUCACUGCAUUUGCUUUCUUUAUUGUGUUUGCGAUUCUUCGGAUUCAGCCGGUAAAUGAUAGGGUUUACUUCCCCAAAUGGUAUAUCAAGGGUUUAAGGAGCAGUCCAUUGGGCACUGGUGCGUUUGUAGGCAAGUUUGUCAAUUUGGACUUCAGGUCAUAUGUGAGGUUUCUCAACUGGAUGCCCGCAGCAUUGCAAAUGCCGGAGCCUGAGCUAAUUGACCAUGCUGGAUUGGACUCUGCUGUGUACUUGAGGAUUUACUUGACAGGGCUUAAAAUUUUUGUUCCUAUUGCAUUCCUGGCCUUCACUAUCUCAGUGCCAGUUAAUUGGACAAAUAACACUCUGGAGCAUUCCACUUUAACUUACAGUGAUUUGGAUAAGCUCUCUAUAUCAAAUAUACCCACAGGAUCAUGCAGAUUCUGGACCCAUAUGGUGAUGGCUUAUGCUUUUACCUUCUGGACAUGCUAUGUGCUAAAAACAGAGUAUGAGACAGUGGCUAAAAUGAGGUUGCAUUUUCUUGCAUCAGAGAAACGACGUCCUGAUCAAUUUACAGUACUGGUUAGAAAUGUGCCACCAGAUCCUGAUGAAUCAGUUAGUGAACUUGUGGAACAUUUUUUCCUGGUUAACCAUCCUAGCGAUUAUCUCACUCAUCAGGUUGUCUACAAUGCUAAUGAACUUUCUAACUUAGUCAACAAGAAGAAAAAGAUGAAGAACUGGCUUGACUACUAUCAAAUCAAAUAUUCAAGAAAUCAAUCCAGAAAGCCUUCUCUCAAGACUGGUUUCCUUGGCCUUUGGGGGAAUAGGGUGGAUGCAAUUGAUCACUACACAUCUGAGAUUGAGAGACUAUCAAGAGAAAUCUCCUUGGAGAGAGACAAGAUUGUGAACAAUCCCAAGUCAAUCAUGCCAGCAGCAUUUGUUUCCUUCAAAACUCGAUGGGGAGCCGCUGUUUGUGCACAAACACAACAAUCCAGAAAUCCAACUAUAUGGUUGACUGGGUGGGCUCCAGAACCCCGUGAUGUAUAUUGGGAUAACCUCGCAAUUCCAUUUGUUUCGCUCACACUAAGAAGGCUUGUUAUUGCUGUUGCGUUUUUCUUCCUCACCUUCUUUUUCAUGAUUCCCAUUGCAUUUGUACAGUCCCUUGCGAACAUUGAAGGAAUUGAGAAAGCACUCCCAUUCCUGAAACCUAUAAUUGAAAUGAAAGUGAUUAAGUCAUUCAUUCAAGGUUUCCUUCCUGGAAUAGCUUUGAAGAUAUUUCUUAUUUUUCUACCCUCAAUAUUGAUGCUAAUGUCUAAAUUCGAGGGAUUCAUUAGUCUAUCAGGCUUAGAGAGGAGAUCUGCAGCUAGAUAUUAUAUCUUCCAAUUCGUUAAUGUGUUUCUUGGAAGCAUAAUCACCGGAACUGCAUUUCAACAACUGGAUAAUUUUAUCCACCAGUCUGCAACUCAAAUACCAAAGACAGUUGGAGUUUCGAUUCCUAUGAAGGCAACUUUCUUCAUAACUUACAUAAUGGUUGAUGGGUGGGCUGGAGUCGCUGGGGAGAUUUUAAGAUUGAAACCCUUGAUAAUCUAUCACCUGAAAAACUUUUUCUUGGUGAAGACUGAAAAGGAUAAGAAAGAGGCGAUGGAUCCAGGAACUCUUGGUUUCAACACAGGGGAACCACAAAUACAACUUUAUUUCCUACUUGGCCUCGUCUAUGCAGUGGUGUCGCCUAUCUUACUUCCUUUCAUAAUUGUAUUCUUUGCCCUCGCAUUUGUUGUAUAUCGUCAUCAGAUUAUAAAUGUUUACAAUCAGGAGUAUGAGAGUGCUGCAGCAUUCUGGCCUGAUGUUCAUGGACGCAUCAUAGUUGCAGUAAUUGUCUCACAACUGCUGCUAAUGGGAUUGUUAAGCACAAAAGAAGCUGCUCAGUCCACACCGUUGCUCAUUACACUCCCAAUAUUGACAAUAUGGUUCCAUUUGUUCUGCAAAGGCCGAUAUGAACCUGCUUUUGUUAGAUAUCCAUUGCAGGAAGCAAUGAUGAAAGAUACAUUGGAACGUGCCAGAGAGCCAAACCUGAACCUGAAAAGCUUCCUUCAAAAUGCUUAUAGCCACCCAGUUUUUAAAGGCGAAGAUGAUAGCGACAGUGAUGAAGCACCCGAAGAGUUUGAGAAAGAACCUGAUCUGGUCCCAACAAAGCGCCAGUCUCGAAGGAAUACGCCAUUGCCAAGUAAACAUAGUGGUUCAGUUCCAUCCUCCCAGCGUGAAGCUCAGGAUUAUCCUCUACUCUGAAACUGUUUCUGCGACAUCAACUUGUGUGUAAAUGCGAGUCCUUGGGAGAUUAAACUGGUUGAUAUUUCUUCAGCACAGAGGUUGUACAUAGGAUAGACUACGAAAAGAGAUAGCGAGCUGUUCAAAAAGAACACAACACGGAAAUAGGAACAAACUCAUGUCUUAGGUUAGCAGAAUAAUUAUGUUUAUGCAAUUGUCGUCAUAAAUUUGGGUUUUUUUAUUUAAUAUAUAUAUUAAUUAUUCUCAAGGUAAAGAAUACCUUGUUAAUUAAUUAAUUUCAUAAACUCAGAUUCAAGUA